CCAAAUGUUUACUUUCACUUUCGACCCAACUGACGUGGACGAGGUUCUGAAUUUUGCAAAAUGUAAACACAUGAUUCUUUAAAGACAUCGGUUCAGAAUGAGAGAGACACUAAAAAAAGGAGGAAAAAUUUUGGUGUAUUUACAAUGUUAUUUCGUGACCAUAGCCACCAUAUUGGGCACUGGAAUACUAGGUCUUCCUGUGACAUUGAGUGAAUCGGGAAUCUACCCUUUCUUGGUGUCUUUCCUUAUCGGUGCCGUAAUGCAGGUUCUAACAGUUUACUUUUUUACGGAGCUCCUCCAGUUGGCACAUGCAACUCAACUUCAGUCUCAAAAGGAGGAGUUAGUUCCCCUGAAUGAUCUGUUGGCGGAUGAAACAUGUGAUGAAUUGGAAGAGGAGGAUGAAAACAGUGGAUCUGUGUUGGCUGGUCAUGUGAUCUUAGCCAAACAAGACCACGCCCAGCCCCCCAAUCUGCACCUCCUGGGAGAGCUCUUCCUUGGCUGUGGACUCUUGCAGGCCUUUGAUAUUACUCUCGUCCUACAGUUUGUAGCACUGUUGAUCAGCUAUUCGCUGGCAGGAAGUGAAGCAUACGCUCAAGUUCUUGGAAUUAAUUACCUGUAUGUGAUUCCGGUCUUUGUGUGGGUCCUGUCCUUUCUCAUUGUUUUCGCGCUCCAGCUGGUCCAGCCCGUCGUUUCCAUCCUCACGUUCUUCAAAGGUUCACUUCUCCUGGGAACAGUAGCAGUGACAUUUUACGUUGGAGCAGAAAUACAUCGAGACAUUCAUAACGACUUUUCAGCGUUCGGCGGACCGUUUCUGAUGGGAACUGUUGCAUUGGGUGGCGUUGCGAACACUAUGCCGCUAAUGUACAGCAAGAUCAGUCCUGUAAAGGACCAGAUUCAGAACUUCCGACUCUCCGUAAACUUAGGCCUGAUCACGUGUACAGUUCUAAAUAUACUAUGGUGCUGGGCGGUGCUGGACAUCGUUCCACAGCUAUCCUCGUUUCCAUGUCCCACUGAUAAACACUCCACUGACUCGGAGGGAACACUGUGUUACAGGAACAUUUCAUUACAAAGAUCCGCAAGUGAAGGAGAAAUCUCCACCAUUCCACUAACUAAGAUUAUAAAGGAGAAAUACCCAACCUAUUCUUGGGUUGCCUUUCUUGUGGAACUCUUCAUCAUGGUCAGCAUCACUGUCUCGUUUCUCACGGUGGGAGCAGUUCUUCAUCAUACACUGUUGGGUUGGUUACAGUCUGCUUGGAAGAAAGAUAAACUGGCAGAAUACCGGAAUCAGAAUAAAGUCUCGUGUUUCAAUACUAAGUGUUUCUGCAGCUCAGUUGUCUCCCUUGUGGUGUUCUCCAUUGUGUUUGGUGUGUCGAUGUUAGAUCCUCAGGGUUUUGUUGAAAUAUUGGAGAAAUUUUCAUCAUUUACCAUCAACAUAGAAGUGGCUGUUUUCAUUUUCUUGAUGUGCUUAAAUGCCAGGAAAAAAGAACAUCUGAAACAUCGGAUCCCUCUACCCAUUCCAUCCAUAUUUGGAAAGCUUUUGUACUUGAUUCCAUUGUACUUUGGAUUUGCUGUGAUAUAUGAUGUAGGAUUGACUAUAUAUAUUAUAGUAGAAGAACAUGUAAGCAGAGAGAACUAUCCAAGCUCAAGUUUGACUUCUCCGCUCCCUGUGACAUCAUCAGUGACUACGGCGGCCAUGCUCAAUAAUGUGUCGACAGUGACGUACGCAGAAACUUCCACAAGCAUUGAGGAAUACAUCACAAAUGUGUUCAAUAAAUCUGGAAGAUGAGUUGCUGAUAUGUUGCCGUGAAUGAUUCAUUUUCUCUAGUCAACGUUUUAGUAACUUAUGGAUGGAAUUUUUACUCAGAUUUGUAUUUGGUACUGGAGGGAUUCGUUUUUAGUUUAUUGUACAAUAGCUCAUUUCUGGGGGUGUAAUUUCUGUGGUUUGCUAUGUUACGUUUAUAUCCAGUCUGAUGUAACAACAAAUUUCAUUCAAAUUCUCCAUGACCUCAAAAAACCAGUGAACAACCAGCGAAAAAACUCCGACAACUCCCUUAUCUUGUGAACAUGCUGUUUUCUUCUCAAACCAUGAACACUUCGUGAAAAUUUAAACUUCAUGAAAUAAAAAGUCAUUUGUACAGUUUUAUAUUAAAUUUUACAUGUAUCAGUAGACAACUUUUAAAAAAAAAAUUUGAAACAACUAUUCUAUUGUUUGAACGAGAAGACCCACAAACCAAAGUUUUUAUAUGCUGUACAUGUAUAAACAUUAUAAAGAUGUGCUGACUUAAAAGGUUGUCUGUCACUAGUUUGACAAUUUCCACUUCUAGAAAAGAAACAUUCCACUUCUAACUUUGAGCCAGGAAAAAUGUCCACUCCUUUUAUUGGCAGCAGUAGAAAUAAUUUAUUUUGUUAUAGAAGUCGUAUGUACUUACAGUGCCUUGACAAUUCAUUUUAGCUUCACUAUUUCACAUUUUAGCUUCACUAUUUCACAUUUUAGCUUCACUGUUUCACAUUUUAGCUUCACUAUUUCACAUUUUAGCUUCACUAUUUCACAUUUUAGCUUCACUAUUUCACAAUUUAGCUUUACUAUUUCACAUUUUAGCUUCACUGUUUCACAUUUUAGCUUCACUGUUUCACAAUUUUAAGGCCCCACUAAAAUAGUGGGUGCCCUACAGUAAUUACUCUGUCUGUCUUGCAACACUUUCUUUGACAUGCGAUAACUUAAGUUUCGGAGGAAGAUUUUCAUAUAUUUUACACACAAUACUUAAAUUGGGCAGAGGAAGUUUCCUUUCCAGAGUUAUGGGACUUAGAUUUUUUUUUUUAUAUCAAUAAUAGCAUUUUUCUACGGCACUCAGUUAUUUGAGAUUACAAGAGAAACUUUUCGUAAAUCCUAUAUGUACUACUCCAAUUUCACGAGGUAGAUCCCUUCACAUUUCUGUUUGUAUUGUUUCACAUUCUAAGUUUGUUAUUUCCAACUGAUAUUUUUUAUUUUCUGUAAUGUUAAUAUCUGGUCUUUUUCUCUCUGGGGCUACUUACUUACUUGUUUACAUAAUCUCUAACCUCACAUUUGUUUUGACAUAGAACAUCAUUAAGACACACAUUUAUCCCCCGCAGUGAAAUACACCUUUUCUUCAGUAUCACUCCAACAACAGAACUCCUCCUCAAUAAAGUUAUUGAUUGGCAAACACAGCAAUUUUUGUUUGGCAUGCUUUUUAUACGUUGAUAUAACAAUUAACACAACUUCCCCCCCCCCCCCCCCUCAAAAAGUUCUCCCCUAUAGAUCUUUUAUUUGGAUACCCUGAACUGAUCCUUUGUCUGCAUAAAAAAGACAAAAUGCAUGUAAUAUUGUAUACUUUGAAAACAUGAGAUGUGUCCUUUAAGACUGAUUUGUCAAUAGAGUGAAUUAAUUAAUGCAGUCUUCAAGUCGGUUACACACUUUUUAACAUUAUAGUUCAGUUAUUUGUCUUCACUUACAUGACUCGGGCUUUAGAAAAUAUCACCAACAAAAUAAACAGUUCAAAAUGAAGUGUUAAAUCUGUUAUGAUUUGAGACAUGAAAUAUAGAGUGUUAUAAAAUUUCGUAUUUUUCUUGUUGUUGGUCUAUACUACAUCUGAUGUAUAGAACAUGAAAUUUUGGUUAGACUAAUUGGGAAUUAAAGUGAAUUUCACACAGAGGGUAGAUCUAAUGAAAUUUCAAAAUACAUGAUUAUAUGCAAAAGAUAUUUUGAUAUUUGUUGAUUUAUUUACAGAUAUGAUUGAAAUAAAUUAAUUCAUCAUUUAA